GUGGCUGAAGAAGACCCAAAACCUUCUUUUCCUCCACAGCACCAGGAUUCGAUCCAGCCGUACGAUGCCGGGCCCUUUGUGCCACGCGCUCCCCGAGAUGACGAAACGUUUGACGCUUCGGAGCAAGGUCUGGGAUUCUUUGAUGUCUUUUCUCUCAUCGUCAAUAAGAUGAUAGGAACUGGCAUCUGCACAUCCCCAACUGCAGUCUUCCUUCUGACAGGAAACAAGAGUCUUACGCUAGGAUUGUUCGCUGUUGGCUUCUUAUACUGUUUGAUGAGCACUGCCAUCUAUCUUCAAUUUGCAGAGGUCCUCCCGUACAAUGGCGGAGAACUGAUCUACCUUGAUGAAGUCACAUCUCAUGUCAAACCGGAACUUACCAAUACCUCGGACUUCUCGUCAACGCAUGAGCAGAAUGGAGAGGCCCACGACAGCGGCUCAACACCAACCAACGGCUCCACUGAACCCUCUAUGGGAAGAAACAAUGCACUUUCCAACCCUCUGCAAAACCUCGUUCAGCUGCGUAGGAAGUUGAUGGGCGAUGGGCUGCUGGCCUACAUCAUCUACUCCUUGAUGUUCAUUGUUUUCUUCAACUCUGCAACCAACAGCUUGCAGUUCGGUCGAAUGAUCCUUAUGUGCAUCAAUGCUCACAAAGCUGACGAUAGUACCAAAAAGAGCCGAGCCGAUUCUGACGUCAAUCAAGACCUUAUGCGUUUCAUCGGAGUCACGAUUCUAUCCAUCAUCUGUCUCGCACAGUUCUUCAGCCCUAGCUGGGGUCGCAAGUUGAACAAGUUCCUUGCUGUGGUUAAGAUAUGCUUCCUUAUCGGCGUGAUAAUUGUAGCCUUGACUGCACUGUCAAACAACAUUGAAAACAUUGAAGGAAAUGCUGUUCCCCGGGCUCAAGAUUGGCUCACGUGGCAUGGGUCUCCUUCCAAGGUCCAAUUUGCUAAGGCAUUACUUGCUGUUCUGUUCAGCUUCGAGGGCUGGGAGAAUGCCACUUUUCUCCAUUCGAUUCACUACGACGAUUUUCCUGAAGGUCAUAACCGCAACUACCCCCCUAUCCUCUCGGGUAAUAAUCCCACCUCGAGGCGGACCUGGCCAGUUGUCAUCGCCAUUUCAGCUUUCGGUAGUCUAAAUGCCAUCAUUUACACUUUUUCAAGAGUCAAGCAAGUCAUUGGCCAGGCUGAAGUUUUACCAUGGUCUCGAUAUCUGAAACAAGAUGACUGCAUAAAACGGACCGAAAGAACAAGGGAAGAUGACUUUCAUUACAGGUCUCCUCAGGGUGGCUUGAUAGCUCAUUGGCUAUUCACUGUCCUCAUGAUUGCUAUCUCAGCUUCAAUCAAAAGUACUCUCGAAUCUGUUGGGCUUCCGGGCUAUAUACAGACUUAUACCCAUUGCUUCAUCCUUAUGGUCCUGGGACUUGGAAGUCUCAAUCUCAGAUCUCGGCAGAGAGCUCUUAGUGUUUCCGGAGUACCUGCAGAAUCCUCCACUGGGAUGGGCAGCUUCUUCGGUGUUGUAGUCCUUGUGAGUAUCCCAAUAUAUAUAAUGCUGAAUGUCACCAUCCUGGUUGUCGUCGCGAUUCCUCCAUACAGAAGCUCUAAUCUCAGUGGAGACGCGUUCCCAGGAUGGGGGUUCCCUUUUAUUGUCGCAAGCGUAUUAGUAGUUGGCACUAUUUAUUACUUGUUGUUCUUUGGAGCUGCUUGUCGCUCCUACGAGCCUCUAGCAACGAAUAACGACAGCGAGGAAGAAGGUUCAGGGUCUCGUGUUUUUAGCGGCAUACUGUCACCCAAAAGCCGAUGGAAUCUUAUGCAGUACGGCGGUGUCAAAUGCCUGAUCAUGAAGGACUAUUCUUACAAGGACUUUGAGAGAGUCUAUCGAUUCGGUCGACGGUGGGAAAUCGUAUAUGCUAUCAAAGGGGUUGAUCGCGAGGUUACUGACACUUAUGUCUACAAAAGAAUCCUGGCGAGGCUCCACCACGAGAUGGCACAACUUUUACAAUGCUCCUUUACUGGGUAUUUGGCGGUACUCGACUAA